AUGGAGGCCGCGAUUGGGUGGCUGGUGCAGACCAUCCUCGGAACACUCCGAAUCGACAAGCUGGAUGCGUGGAUCCGCCAAGCCGGGCUUGCCGACGACAUCGAGAGGCUCAGGUGCGAGGUCGAGAGGGUCGAGGUGGCGGUCAGCGCCGUGAGGGGGCGGGCGGCCGUGAACGAGCCGCUGGCCCGGUCGCUCGCUCGCCUCAAGGACCUGCUCUACGAAGCCGACGAUGUGGUCGACGACCUCGACUACUGCAGGCUCCAGCAGCAGGUCCAAGAAGUUGCAUGGGGUGAUCCUGGCAGAAUGCAUGAAGCAGAGCGAGUAGAUGAGAGAUCGAGGGGAGGUGAUGCUAAUAUACUUGGUACCAGUGGUGGCAAGAAAUGGUCCAAAGCAUGGUGUGAUUUUGAUAUCACAGAGGAAAACAACGGAAAGCCUGUGAAAGCAAAGUUUAAACACUCUCAAAAACCAGUUAAGUGCGGAAGCGACAGAGGGACGUCAAUCUUGAACAACCAUGUCAAGAGUGAGGGUUGUAAGAACUCCAGAGCAACUGACCAGCCGCCAAACUCUUCAUGCACCUGUGAUGCUACUGCAAAUGCUGCACCUGUUGUAAUUGGUGAUUCGUUCAGCAGAAAAAGGAGAAGAGACGAGGAGUUGGCACAAACCACCGAAGCUAACAUAAACCUUUGGCACAAGGCAGAUUGUUUCAAUAGGAUGCAGGAAAUAACUCAGCAGUUACAAGACAUCCUAGAGGAUGUGAGUGGUGUUCUCAAGAUGCAUGGAUCGGCCUCUAUUACAAGCUCAAAUGAUGUGUGCCCAACAACAUCAAGUCUUAAUCAGCAAAAAGUGUAUGGGAGAGAUUCAGAGAUGAGCACCAUCAUAAAGAUGAUUACAUCUGAUAAACAUGAAGGUGUGUCUGUACUGCCUAUUGUAGGCAUUGGAGGAGUUGGCAAGACAACUCUCACACAACUCGUAUAUAAUGAUCCAACAGUAAAAGAGCAGUUUGAACGGAAAUGGCUAUGGGUGUCAAACAACUUUGAUGAAGUAAGGCUUACAAGAGAGAUGUUAGACUUCAUUUCUCAAGAAAGUCAUGAAGGAAUAAAUGAUUUUGCGAAGCUUCAGGAGAUCUUGAAGGUACAUAUGGAGUUCCAGUCAGAAAGGUUUCUGCUCAUUUUAGAUGAUGUCUGGGACACUCUGGAUGAUUACCUAUGGAACAAACUGUUGUCUCCAAUGCUAUCAACUCGUGUGAAGGGCAAUGUGAUUAUUAUCACAACUAGAAAUUUCUCUGUUGCACAAAGGAUAGGUACCCUCGAACCGGUCAACUUAGGUGCUUUGGCAAAUGAUGAUUUUUGGUUAUUGUUCAAAUCAUGUGCAUUUGGUGAUGAGAACUACGAAGAGCAUCAAACUCUAGGCAUCAUCGGGCAUCAAAUAGCAGAGAAGUUAAUGGGUAACCCGUUGGCAGCUGGAUCUGCAGGAGAACUAUUAAGAAAGCAGCUUACUGUUGAUCAUUGGAGUACCAUUUUGAAGAAUGAAUGUUGGAAAUCCUUGCAACUAAGCAGGGGCAUCAUGUCUGCUUUAAAGCUUAGCUAUGAUCAACUACCCUACCAUCUACAACAAUGUUGCUCAUACGUUUCUAUAUUUCCCUACAACCAUCAGUUUCUUGGUGAUGAGUUGGUCCGCAUUUGGAUUUCACAGGGAUUUGUGAAGUGUAACCACUCAGGUAAGAAAUUGGAGGAGACAGGACAUGAUUAUCUGACUGAUUUGGUGAAUCUAGGCUUCUUGCAGCAAGUUGAAUGCAAAGAUGAGGGCACCCGUUUUCGAGAUGAAAUUUUUGUCAUGAGAGUCCAUAAUCGAGUUGUAAGAGAAGAGCCAUUUCAAGGCAGACAAAUUUCCUAUGCUAUGUGUGGCCUUAUGCAUGAUUUUGGACGGGUGGUUUCAAGAAAUGAGUGUGCAAUUAUAGAUGAUCUAUGGUGCAACGAAAUUUUGCCAACUGUACAGCAUUUGUCAAUAGUAACCGACUCUGCAUACUUCAAGAAUCAGGAUGGAAGGAUACCACGUAGCUACAAGUUUGAAGAAAAUUUGAGAAAUACAGUUACAUCAGUAAGAAGAUUGAGGACACUGGUGUUAAUUGGGCAGUAUGACUCUUUGUUCUUCCAAUCCUUUCAAGAUAUAUUCAAAAAGGCACAUAAUUUGCGUCUGCUGCAAAUGUCUGCAACAGCUUCUGAUUUUAGUUUCUUCAUGUGCACUUUAGUAAAUCCUACCCAUCUUCGCUAUCUGAAGGCUCCUACGCCAGGAGUGGCUUUACCUCAAGUUUUGAGCAAGUUCUACCAUCUUCAAGUAUUAGACACUGGCUCAUACAUUGAUCCAAUGAUACCUAAUGGUAUCCAUAAUCUUGUGAGCCUGCGUCAUAUUGUUGUAGAAGGACUAUCCUCUUCCAUUCCUUGCAUUGGUAAAAUGACAUCCCUUCUGGAGCUACAUGAUUUUAGGGUCCAAAAUACUAGCAGCUUUGAGAUAACACAACUUCAGUCCAUGAACGAGCUUCUGCAACUAGGUGUCUCACGACUUGAAAAUGUUACCACUAAAGAUGAGGCUGAUGGAGCAAAAUUGAGGGACAAAAUACACUUAGAAAAGCUGCGCUUGUCGUGGAAGUAUAACGAUCACAGCAGCAAAGCAAGAGAGGUGCUCGAGGGUCUUGAACCACAUCCAGGCUUAAAGCAUCUGCGGAUAUUUGGGUACAAUGGUACUACUUCCCCAACUUGGCUUGCCAGCAAUUUUUCAGUUACCUCUUUGCAGACGCUUCAUCUAGAGGAUUGUGGAGAAUGGCAAAUACUUCCAUCUUUGGAAAUGCUUCCGUUUCUUACGAAGUUGACGUUGUGCAACAUGCAGAAAGUAAUGGAAGCAACAUUUCCUUCAUUGGAGGAGCUGGUUUUAGUUGAAAUGCCAAAGUUGGAGAAAUGUUCCUGCAGUUCCCUGUGGAAUAUGAACUCUAGUUUAAGAGUACUGAAUAUCAAGAUGUGUAGUGCACUGAAGGUGUUUGAUUUGCUUGAUGGGGGCAUUAAAUUCGAAAGCAAGCAGAAAUCAUGGUUGCCCGGUCUUAGAAAGCUAAUUAUCUACGAUUGUCCUCACUUGGAAGUAAUGCACCCUCUUCCACCUUCAAUCACAUGUUCUGAAUUCUUUAUCAACAGAGUUUCAACACUGCCAAGGAUGGAGGGAUCAUCUGGAGAAACAUUAAAAAUCAACGGCCCGAUUUCUUUACAUGCUGGGUGGUUUUAUGAGAUGUGGACACUGGAUGACAGAAUAUUAGCAUUCCAUAAUCUAAGGGGUCUUAAGUACUUGUGUAUCAGAUAUUGCCGGAAUCUGAUGUCUAUUCCAUUUGAAGGUUUUCGUCAGCUAGUCUCCUUAAAGAGUUUGGAAAUAAGCGAUUGUGGAAAACUUUUCUCUCUAUAUAUACCAGAGUGUGCCCAUGAAGAUGUGGUAGUUGCAAAUUGUACUGCCCUCCCAUCUCUUGAAAAUCUCAGAAUUCAUUCUUGUGGUAUAACAGGGAAGUGGCUAUCUUUGAUGCUGCGACAUGCGACGGCUCUAAUGGUGUUCAAUUUAUGGGACUGCCCACAGAUAACACAGUUAUCAAUAGAAGAGGGAGAAAACAGUCAGUCAAAUCUUAUCUCAACCAUGCAAGCUUCUUCAUCAGGCUAUUCAAAUGACUCAUUGACAAGCUCAGCUCCAGACGGACUCUUGCACAUUCCGUUAAAUGUCCUCUCCUCUCUCAAGGAGAUGGAAAUUAGGGUAUCCCCUUAUCUAACAUUUUGCCAUAGCAAGGAAGGUUUAUCUGGAUUUACCUCCCUCGAGAAGCUAACAAUUUGGUCUUGCCCUGAGCUGCUCUCAUCUUCGGUGCAUAUUGAUGGAAAUGGUGGCCAGGUGAAUGGAAGGUGUCUCCUCCCUCAAUCACUUGGACAUCUCGUGAUAAACAGUUAUUCUCGAGCAAUGCUGCAACCAUGCUUUCCAAGGAAUCUCACCUGCCUUAAAAAAUUCCAAAUAUACAAUCGAAGUUUGGAGUCUCUACAGCUACAGUCAUGCACGGCACUGGAGGAGUUGUAUAUUUCGGGAUGUCCAUCGCUCGCCGCACUAGAGGGCUUCCAGUUCCUUAAGCAUUUGAGUUUAUUCAGCACCCCCAAUUUGCCACCAUUUCUAGAGCAUGUGUCAGGGCAAGGUUAUGAGCUAUGCCCUCAAUUGGAAAAGCUUGUGACCAGUGACCCCUGUGUCCUUACCACGCCAUUCUGCAAGCAGCUCACAUCCCUACAACGCUUAGAACUUCGAAGUUGCGAGGGUGAAGCAACACGGCUAACAGAUGAGCAAGCGGGAGCGCUUCUGCUCAUCACGUCCCUGGAAGAGCUCCAGUUUUGGAAAUGCAGGUAUCUCGUAGAUCUUCCUGCGGAGCUGCACUGCCUUCCCUCCCUCAAGAAGCUGGAGAUCGAUAAUUGUCACCGCAUGUUGUGGCUGCCAGUAAAGGGCCUGCCACCUUCGCUGGAAGAACUGAAUAUAACCUGCCAUGGCGGUUGCAGCAUGGUUCUGGCUACUCAAUGCAGGUGGCUAGCAACAAGAAAGCUAAAGGUCAAAAUUGAUGGAAAAUAUGUGAACUGA